AUGUCCACUUCUGCAGGGACUGCAGACGGUGGUGAGCUGGCCCCUGUGGCAGCCCAGCCCACCCACAUUGACGUGCACAUCCACCAGGAGUCUGCUCUGGCCAAGCUCCUGCUGGCUGUGGGCUCCCAGCUGCGGACCUGGGCCCGUCCCAAGGGCACCGCCACCCAGGCCCCAGGUAGCAGCCGGCUGCUGGUGGCAUCCUGGGUGACGCAGAUCGUGCUGGGCAUACUGAGCGGGGUCUUGGGAGGAUUCCUCUACAUCUUCCGAUACUCCCACCUGCUGGACUCAGGGGCUGCCAUCUGGACAGGGGUAGUGGCUGUGCUGGCUGGAGCUGCUGCUUUCCUUCGUGAGAAACGGGGUGGCGUCUGCUGGGGCUUCCUGAGGACCCUGCUCGCUCUGACAGCUUUUUCCACUGCUGUUGCUGCCAUUAAAAUUGGGGCUGAUGAGCUCCCUUGGAACCCCUUCUACGAUGGGAACUAUGUCUGCGACACUUCCUCCCAGAGGAGCUGGCCCACCGCACCGCCCAGCACGCUGAGUCCAGAGGAAGCCAGGAGGCUGCACCUGUGCCUUUCCUACGUGAACAUGCUGGGGGCCCUGUUCGUAGGCCUCAAGGCCAUGCUCCUGGGUGUCUGGGUUCUGCUGCUGGUGGCAUCUCUAACCCCCUUAGCCCCCCUGGUCUCCCUGUGUCUGUGCUGCUGGAGAAGACCCCUACCUGAGGAGGAAAGGGACCAGAAGGAACUGCUGGGGAUGGAAUGCAGCCCUGCUACUGCCUGAGCACUGGUCCUUAUAUCUGACUCACCAGUUAUCCUUCCCCGCCCCGAUCCAGCCACCAUCCCGGCUCCAGCUCAUUUCUUGUUCACCUUCACCAUCCUGCUGGCUUUGUCUCCCUUCUUGAGCAGUAAUUGGAUAAUAAACUCUCUCAUGGUCUU